AAGGAGAACGACGACGCAAGAGCAUCCAGUACAAAUGAACCAAUAUAUUCAGAUUAUUUUCAAAAAAUGUGAACAAUUAAUCCGUUUCCGAAUGUUAUCAUCGUCAUCGGUUGUAUAUUCAUCAUCAUCAGUUCCUCCACAUAUUCCAAUUAUGAAAUCAGAAAUUGUAAAAUAUACCCAACCGAAACCAGGUCAAGUUUAUUUAGAUAUGACUUUUGGUACAGGAGGUCAUGCAAAUGAAAUAUUGAAAUAUGCUGCCGAUAAUUUAACUUGUUACUUUCUAGACCGUGAUCCAACAAGUUUCUCAUUUAUGGAAUCACUUCGUACAAAUUAUAGCUCAUCCAAUCAUAAAAUAUAUCCACUUAUUGGACGAUUUAGUGAUCUUCCUCAAUUAUUAAGUGGCUAUGAUCUGAAAUAUCAAUCAGUUGAUUUAAUUCUUAUGGAUUUGGGUGUAAGUUCACCACAAUUAGACAAUGAAUCUCGUGGAUUUGGUUUUAAACAUAAUGCUCCGUUAGAUAUGCGUAUGAAUCAAAGUCGAAAUGUACAAAAAGAUACACCAACUGCAGCUGAUGUUAUUAAUACAUUGAAUGCUGACGAACUGUCGAAUAUAUUCAGCAUUUAUGGUGAAGAACGUUUUUCUAGGCGUAUCGCAAAUGCUAUUGUUGAUUAUAGAAAUGAUGCUGGUUCAAUUCAAACAACAAAACAGUUAGCUGAUUUAGUUCAUUCUGUUGUACCAGUGAAUAGAGAAGAUAGAGGCUCAAUUCAUCCAGCUACACGUAUAUUCCAAGCAUUACGUAUUUUUAUUAAUGACGAACUAAACGAAUUAUGCAUCGGUCUAGAAUUAGCUGAAUUUUUAUUAAAACCCGGUGGUUAUUUAGUUGUUCUAUCAUUUCAUUCAUUAGAAGAUCGUUUAAUCAAAUGGGCAUUCCAUUAUGAUUGUAAACAUCUAUCUUUAUCAAAAUAUUUAUCACAACGAAGUCUGAAUUUUCAAUGUACUAAUAAAAGAAAAGAAUAUGAAAAUGAUGAAAUAUCAGAUGGAUCUCUGGGACAAAUGAAAUCAAAAUGGAAUUGUGUAAGUUAAAUAAUCCUGUGAUAAUCUAGGUUCUUGAAUUAUAUUGUUUUCUACUACUAAUAAUAAUGUUACUACUUCUGAUAGUCCGACAUUUAUCUUAAAUAUUUUCAUCUGAUUGUAUUGAUAUAUGGUGGAAACUUGAACCGAUGGACAUAUUUUCCAAGUUCAAUGUUGUCUAUAAUUGGCCCCUGAAUGGUCUUGUACGACCGAGGGUGAAGAGAGUUCGUUCUCCCUUUCGAAAUAAUAUAUGGCUACGCGUAUACAACCACCAUCAGGGAAGUGUUGUUUACGAAAUUGGGAAUACGUAACGCGAAUAUUCGGCGUAUACACCGGGUUAGUAGAUACAGAGGAUUUUCCUAGGGGGGGGGUUGAGAACCCUGGUUACAAACCAAUAGUGCACAUGGGCCACUUCGACUAUAGAUAGCAUACAUCAUCAGUAUACAACUUACAUAAUAAAUCUAGUUAGUUCCAUUUAGUGCACAGUUAUUAAUGUUUAAUUUAGUAAAUGAAUAAUAGUUCAAAUAAUACUUGAUGGUAACUAAUACUCCUGUGCUUAAAGCGAAUUUUAAACCAUUUAGAGCUCAUCAACUGAAUUCCUCCUCACUGUUAAUGAUUUAUCAUUGACUACUACAGUCCGCGUUAUUUCAAAAAUUGUAAACUUUUGACUUAUUCUUAAAAACAACCUUAAACUUAUCAGAUUCGUUUGUCAUAGAAACCGAAAAAAUGAUGAUUUUAACAAUGUACUGGUUUCAUACUUCAUACAUUUGGUUUUAUAUCAGUUGUUUUCAACACUGUGAUGCUAUUUUUUUUCUUAAAGAUUAUUGGACCUAUAACUCCUACCGAUUCGGAGAUAGAUUCUAAUCCAAGAAGUCGUUCAGCCAAAUUACGUAUAGCGAAAAGAGCAUAAUUAAAAAAAGUGAUUAAGGAAGCAAUGACAAUAAACGAUUAGGUUACUGAUCAAGGUGUAUGAUGUAUAGAGUAUUACAUGUGUGGAUAAUACAAUUCAGUUGAAUUUUGUUAAACAGUCUCAAUUCUGAAGUUAUAUUUUGUACAUAUUCAGUUUUUUUUUUAGAGAAAUGUAAUUGUACAUAUUUGUAAUUAUUGCACCAAUUAAAUUGAUAUAAUCGAUCUUACUUUCCAUAAAUAUUGGUGGAGUGGGACUUUUUUUCGUCACUUUGUAUUUGUACAAUUUCCUGUUAUUAAUAUUCAGCACUACAAUUUAUAUCAGUUUCCGUCCCAAUAUAUAUAUACAACUUGAAUUGACUUGCUUAAUUAAGCCUGUUACCCCUCGUCGAGGAGCGUAGGCCAUUCACCAGCACUCUCCAUCCAACUCUGUCAUGGACAAUCCUUUUUGGUUGCUAUUCAUCCUUUUGAUGUCUGUUUCCAAUUACCGACGUAGCGUGUUCUUCGGGAUUCCAGGUAAACGCUUGCUUCGUGAUACAGUUUGGUGAUUUCCGUAAUGUAUGUCCCACCCACCUCCAUCAUCUUUUCCUAAUUUCCUCUUCAGAUGGAAGUCGGUUUGUUCUCUCCCACAGCUGUCUGUCGCUGGUGGUAUUCGUUUAACGGACAUUGUUUGUAACUACUCGUAUCUUUUUGAUUAUGGUUGUGAUAGUUAUCCCAGUUUCAGCUCCAUACAGUAGAAC